AUGAUCCCCAUUGAUGGCACUGGAUACGAGGAAUUACUGUUGACGACUCCCAUCAACAGUUCUCAUGCAUGGACAUUUGGGUUGAAGAGGAAGAUAGUGAAUGCUGAAUGCAUCCGAAAGACUGGGCCCUGUAGAGGUAUCUUUUACGGAGAUGAUCCCUUCAAAUUUAUGGAACCAGUUUUCGUGAUGCAGCUGCUUAUAAGCUCUUUCCUCACAACUUUCUGUCAGCUCCUUUUCAGGCCACUGGGCCAAACUUCCAUUAUCGGCCAGAUCAUGGCUGGUUUAAUUGCAGGGCCCUCAGCUCUUAGCCGAAACCCGACCCUCAAGAAAAAGUUGUUCCCACAACCAAGCCAAUACGUGCAGGAAACCUUGUCUUUAUCUGCCAGCGUAUUCAUCUUCUUCCUUGCCGGAGUGAGAAUGGACAUGGGCAUAAUCAAGAACUUAGGAAAGAAAGAAUGGUCUAUCGGCCUCGCCACAUUCUUCGUUCCAUUGUUCUUAAGUGUGCCCAUUGCCGUUGCAUUUAAGAGAAUCAGUAACCUCGAUAAGACUUUAAGCGAUAACCUCGCCUCGAUUGCAUGUCUCUAUUCCAGCACUUCUUUCCACAUCGUGGCUAGUGUCCUACACGAGCUCAAGCUCCUCAAUACUGAAGUUGGUCGCUUAGCUAUGUCUUCGUCCAUGAUCAGUGUCCUGCUUAGUUGGAUCUUGUUAGAUUUUGGCGUGACAUUCAAGCAAACCGUAAUGAAGGGAUAUGGAGUGGGCGUGUUCUUUAAGUUGAUGGCAUGUAGCGUGGUCGUGGUACUCUUUAUCUACUAUAUUAUGCGACCCAUCAUGCUUUGGAUGGUCCGACAGACCGAGGAAAGAAGAUCCAUCAAGCGAAGCUACCUCUAUUCUCUCCUCGUCAUGAUUCUAGCUUGUUGUUUCUUGAGCGAGGCAUUGGGCAAGCAUGUGGUCUUCACAGCAGCAUUUCUGGGCGUGUGUGUUCCAGGCGGCCCACCUCUGGGUUCAGCCUUGGUGGAGAAGCUUGAUUGCUUCAUAACGUUUGUACUAUUGCCGCUCUACUUAGUUGUGAAUUUUGAGGAUGUUGAUUUGUAUCACAUCAAAGCUCGCUCUUUCUUUAUUAUACAAUCUCUAUGCUUCGUUGCAAGCUUCGGCAAAUUCAUCGGAACCAUAGUUCCUUGCUUCUACUUCGACGUUCCAUUUAAGGAAUCUAUCCCACUCGGGCUCGUGUUGAGCACUCUCGGCUUACUUGAUCUUCAGUUUUACAAAUCAUCACAAGUGCUUGGGUAUUUUGAUAGCUCAAUGUUCGGGGCGAUGUCUAUAUCAAUAAUAAUAGUGACAGGUCUCGUUGCGCCUGUGGUUAGAGUGAUUUACAAUCCAUCAAAGAAAUACAGAGCCAUCAAGACACGAACCCUUCAACAAAACGUACGCCAAGCCGAACUUCCAAUACUUGUCUGCGUGUACAACCAAGAAAGUGUUCCUGCACUUAUCAACCUCCUUGAGGCCACUCACCCUGUCCGAGACUACCCCAUGGCCCUCUACCUCCUCCAGCUCGUCGAGCUAGUUGGUCUUUCAGCCCCAGUCCUCAUCCCUUAUCAACCUGGCAAAACCGUUGACUCUCAACGUUCUGGGCGUGCCGUUUUCAAUGCUUUCAAGAUCUUCGAACGCAACAACCCAGGAGUGACCACGAUGCAGGCCUUCACAAGCAUAGCCCCCUACGCUUCAAUGCACGAUGACAUAUGCACUCUCGCACUGGACAAGAAGGUUUGCUUCAUCAUCGUUCCCUUUCAUAAGCAAUGGCACCUCGAUGGUGCAGUUGAGUCGGUGAGUCGUAGGAACGUCAACCGAAAUGUCCUCAUGAAGGCGCCAUGCUCCGUCGGGAUACUCAUCGAUCGUGGAGCAGUGAUUGGGCGCAGAUCUAUAUUAGAAAGUUGGGCCUACUUCCGUAUUGCAAUGAUGUUCUUAGGGGGUCGUGAUGAUCGUGAGGCACUAUCGUUUGUAAUGCGCAUGGCCCAACAUCCGAACGUCAAUCUCACAGUGAUCCGGUUGGUUCCUAUCGGUGACAAUUUGUACGUCAUGGAUGAGAUGGAGAGGAUAUUGGAUGAGGAAGUGAUCACAGAGUUUCGGCUUGCCACUGCAGGUUGCAGCGAUCGUGUUCUCUAUACAGAGGAGGGAGUGACAGAUGGGAUUGGAACUAUCAAUGUGAUGCGGUCCAUUGGUAACUCAUUCGAUCUCAUUCUGGUCGGGAGACGUCAUGAGAAGGAUUCACCAUUCUUGGAAGGAUCAGUGGAAUGGGUUGAGUUUCCAGUUAUUGGAUUCAUUGCAGACAUGCUCAUGUCAAUAGAUUUCAAACGCAAGGUCUCGAUUUUGGUGGUGCAACAACAUGACUUGGCAUCUCAAGUUGCCUUAAGUAAAGCUAGACUUCGCCACCUUUACAGUAGUGACAUUCCAUGAAAACUUUUUGCAUAGUUUUGGAAUGUAUUGAUACUAAUCUCAUAGAAGACAGAGACAGGAGAAUAGAUUAGGAAGAGAGACGAUAACAACUUACAAUUAUAUUUGCAGAUUUUCAAUUCCACAAAUCUGUACGUGGCAAGGUUCAAGAGAAUGGAAUCAGGAUGGGUAAAUGUUAGCUUUGCGCU